AUGGUUCGAACUUUGAAGGCCAUCAUGAUCGGUCAGCUCUCAAGCCCACCAAGCCUCACCAAGAUGAAAACCUCACCCAGCCUGCUUCAAUUCUCUAUCCUGCUCUGCUUCUUCAGUUGGACAACUCUCGUCAUCAGUAUCGACGUUGAGGGACAGUUAGCUUGGAACCCUCUUUUGCAUGGCGGAAUGUAUUUGGUUGCACUUUAUGAGGUGGCUAAUUCUUCGUUUCUUCUGCCAGACAUCUCACAAAUCUCACCAGACUCCCGAGUGAUUAUCGGACCACGACAGCAGGACAAAGCUUUCAUUAGAGAGGAUGGUACUUUUGUACUACAGGAUGUGCGUCCAGGGAAACAUGUGCUACGAGUCGCCUGUCGAGAAUUUGGAUUUUUACGACUGAUGAUCGAUGUAUCUGAGUCAGACAAUGAGGCACCAAUAGUAAAGCCUUAUGUACCAGGACAAGCAUCGCCACCAGUCGGUUAUCCCGAACCACGCUUAUCCUACCCAAUUCGACUGGUGGCCACGAACCGACUACAAUACGUUGAAGAGCGGGCAGGAUUCAACCCAUUGUCCAUGCUACUUGCCAAUCCUAUGUAUCUACUCAUGGGUGGCAUGUUCGUGUUCAUGAUGAUCAUGCCGAAGAUCAUGAACAUGAUGGACCCAGAAGCUUUGGCGGAAGUCCAAGCCAAUCAAGCCAACAUGCACAAACAGAUGGCUUCUAUGCAGAGUCUGGAUUUCGCUUCCGGACUGUCAAAGAUGUUGUCUCCUACUGGCGAUGAUGAUACGCCAGAUCAAGUGACGUCUAAGUCGACCGCUUCAGGCAGCAAGGCAACCUCUGGAAAUAAUGCUAAGAAAAGAAAGUGA